AGAGAACCGAUCCGUAUUCUCGUCAAGAAGGAAGAGCUCACUCUCGAGGGAAUCAAACAGUUCUUCGUUCUGAUAGAUCGCGAGGAAUGGAAAUUCGAUACGUUAUGCGAUUUGUAUGAAACGCUGACUAUAACACAAGCCGUCAUAUUCUGCAAUACGCGUAGGAAAGUGGACUGGCUCACCGAGAAGAUGCAACAACGCGACUUCACUGUUUCACACAUGCACGGAGAUAUGGAGCAAAAGCAACGCGAAGUAAUUAUGCGUGAAUUCCGUUCGGGUUCGAGCCGUGUGUUGAUCACUACCGAUCUGCUCGCCCGAGGCAUUGACGUACAACAGGUCUCUCUCGUUAUUAAUUAUGAUUUGCCCACAAAUCGGGAGAAUUAUAUCCAU